AGGGUGUCAUAUGAUGUCCUCCCACUCUAACUGCAUGUGCGUGCCCCUCAGCGCGGCGAUCGGUGGAGAGGAGAGCCAGUAAUCGGCAUUACUCAGAGGGGACAUGUACAGGGAUCAUCAGGUCACUGAUGAUCAGUGUGCCCUGAUGAUCAAUGUAGCCUCAUCAGUGCCACCUGUCAGUGCCCAUCAAUGGCACCUGCCAGUGCCACAUCAAUGCUGCAUAUCAGUGCCUACCAGUGCACAUCAAUGCCAUAUAUCAGUGCCCAUCUAAGCUGCCUUUCAGUGCCACCUAUCAGUGCCAGUCAGUGCCACAUAUCAGUGCCAGUCAGUGCUGCCUAUCAGUGCUGCCAAUCAGUC